AUGAGUUAUUUAGAUCCUGAACCUUUACCUGACUAUUAUGAAGCAUUAGGGAUUCCUCCCUCGGCUUCACAAGAUCAAGUAAAGAAAGCAUAUAGGAAAUUGGCUUUAAAGUUCCACCCAGAUAAAAUAAGACAAACUUCUGAAACAUAUGAUCCAGUUGAAGUGAACAAACAGUUUAUUUUAAUCAACGAAGCUUACAAAGUUCUCGAAAAUACAGAAUCUAGAGAACGUUAUGAAGAAUUUCGUCGUACAGGAAAAUUACCUGAAGAACAGAAACUUUCUAGAGAAGAAUAUGCAGCUUAUCAAAAUUUGCGAAAUAUUCGAAAGCGUUAUCAUGAUAUUAUGCUUUACAAAGAGAAGAUUUUAGAAUUAUCGAAAAUUUUUAUAAAUAGUGCUAUAUCACUUGAUGAUUUGAUACAAGUAUUUGAAAAAACUCAUUGGAUAUCUAUUGAUAAAGAUACUUUAGUUUAUUCGGAUUUUGUGGAAUCUCAAAAUAGGCUUAUUGAUUCUAUUACUAAAAUAGUUGCGCCACUAAUGUUGGCUUGUUAUAAUGGGACAUGGACCGAUGAUGAAGUAUUUGAAAUUUUAAGAAAGGUUAAAUGUUUACAAUUACAAGUUAUAAAAUAUUUAGAAACCAUAAAUAAACAAAUUGAAACAAACGGUCAUGAUUUUGAUCCCAAUAUUCUUAAUGAGACCAAAGUUCAGACUAUCCGAACCGAAAUAAAUAAUAUGGCCGAACAUCCUAUUAUGAAUAAGAUCGCCAGUGGUAAAUUUGGACAAAAUUUAUAUCCUCUCCUUCAAACAGCCGCACUAUUUGGUCCACCAUUGAUUGGAUAUUCUCUUUACUGGUCUUUAUUUGCAACUAUAUUAGUAGCAUCUAUAAGUGUUAGACGUAAUGACGGGGACCUUGAAAACUUCAAUCAAUUUUUGGAAUUAUUUGAUGGCGCAAUUGGAGUAUUAGAAAUUACAAUUGGAAUAAAUAAUGAUGAUGAUGAUGGAGAAAUAAUGAAUAAUUGA